AUGGAUAACAAGUCUUACUUGGUUCAGUUGAAUGGGAAUGGGGUCCACGGCAAAACCACCGUCACCGGCAAAAGCCUGAACGGGACCGAAGUCAAUGUGAAGGGAGUGCACGGGAACGCCGUCCGUCACGUCAAUGUGAAUGGCAGCUUGUAUCCGACCAAAGCCAAGAGCCGCAGGCAGAGAUGGGAGGUGAAGCCCUCCGAGAUGGCCAACAACACGCUCAACCCCAUCAGGGCCAUUGUGGACGGGAUGGAGCUCACGCCAAACCCGGAUAAACCCAUGAUCUCCCUUUCCAUAGGGGAUCCCACUGUGUUCGGAAACCUGCCAACAGAUAAUGCAGUGCUGCAGGCCCUGAAAGAUGCCAUAGACUCCCAAAAAUACAACGGCUACGCUCCUUCUGUCGGCUAUCUGAAGAGCCGACAGGCAGUGGCCAACUUCUACAGCUGCCCCGAGGCCCCACUGGAGGCAGAGGAUGUGAUUUUGACCAGCGGCUGCAGUCAGGCCAUUGACCUGGCUAUCAGUGUCCUGUGUAACCCCGGGGACAACAUCCUGGUCCCAUGCCCAGGCUUCUCCUUAUAUAAGACUCUGGCUGUCUCCAUGGGCAUCAAGAUCAAACUCUACAACCUGCUGCCAGAGAAGUCGUGGGAGGCCGACCUUCAACACAUGGAGAGCCUGAUUGACGAGAGGACCUCCUGUCUGAUUAUGACCAAUCCGUCCAACCCGUGUGGUUCCGUCUUCAGUGAGGAACACCUGAAGAAGAUCCUCAAAGUGGCCUCCAGACACUGCGUCCCCAUUCUGGCGGAUGAAAUCUACAGCGAUAUGGUUUUCCCAGGUUGCAGUUGUCCCUCCAUGGCGUCUCUCAGCAAUGACGUUCCUAUCCUUUCCUGUAGCGGCUUGGCUAAGCGCUGGCUGGUCCCCGGUUGGAGGAUGGGAUGGAUCCUCAUCCAUGACAGGAAUGAUAUAUUUGGAUCCAAGAUUCGACAGGGUCUGGUGAAACUGAGCCAACGUAUUCUUGGAGCCUGCAGUAUCGUCCAGGGUGCCCUGGAGAGCAUCCUCAACAACACACCUCAAAGCUUCUACAACAACACCAUCAGCUUUCUGAAGACCAACUCAGAGAUUUGUUUCAAUAAGCUGUGCACCGUCCCUGGCCUGAACCCCGUCAUGCCUUCAGGAGCCAUGUACCUCAUGGUGGGGAUUGACAUCAAUCACUUUCCAGAAUUUAAGGACGAUGUGGACUUUACUCAACAGCUGGUGACCGAGCAGUCGGUCUUCUGUCUGCCUGCCUCAGCGUUUGAGUACCCUAACUUCUUUCGCAUCGUUGUGACGGUGCCGGAGGAGAUGAUGGUGGAGGCCUGCGUUCGGAUCAGGGAGUUUUGCCUGCGCCACCAUCGGCCCCUCAGCCGCGACAGCAACGAUCUGGACCAGUGAAAAAUCAGAGUGGGACCAGGACGACGAAAUGCUCUUUUUGGAGACCAAAGCCUAGAGGACGGAAGAAUUGUCCACUAGUCACUGGAAUCAGCUCUGAAAUCGUAUCCCACCGUUGUUAGGAAGUCAGAGACGUAGAAGUCGGACGUCAAAACUGUGUUAGUAUCGUCAACGAAAAAGCGUGGAAGCGACACAUCCGAUUGUUCACCGAUGGUGUCAUUUUUUAUGUAAACCGUUUGCAAUGAGCCAACCUAAUAUUUAUAUUUUAUACAGGCAGCGUAUAUAUAUGACUUGUUCUUGUGUAUUUAUAUAAUUUGUGUAAUGCUUUGUAUGUCAAUGUGAUGUAACCUCUUUGAUAUCAACUGCAGGAUUGAAGACUGUGCAUAUCGUGCAUGCCAGCAGGCUUAUUUGCUUUCCCAAUUAUGGGAAGUGAAUAUAUAUUUUAAUAUCCAUUUUUAUAAACAAUAUGCAUGGAUAAUCUUCUGCAUACUCUGCGAGACAGUGACUUCCGACUAUAUUGGC